AGCCGCUCGUUAGUUUAGCCGCGACUCUCUUCGCGAUCGAGAGAAAGAUAAUCGAAAGCUUGCGAGGAAUUGCGAUCGAGAGCUUUUUUUUUUUUUUGACGUUUCCUCCCUUUCGCGAGAUUAAUCGCUUUGUUAUUGUCGGACCGGUGUCGGGACGAGAUACCUCGAGCCAUGUGUACCAUUUGAGAGGCCUCGUCUCUGUCAGCUGGUGAACGAGCCUUUGAACUCCCGAGGUCUUCUCUUUGAGAUCGGUUCUCUCUCGUAUCCCGAGGGUACGAUGGCUUCGAGAGAGGACGUGACUUAAAUGUCAUUGUCGCCAAUCGUGUCCCAUGCUGUUACGAGCGUGCACGAGCCCUGCGCCAGUCAUCGCUGCCAGUCAUCAUCGCUGCCGUGCGUCACGUAAUCGGUGUUAAUUCCCGUCGGUGAUUUUCGGUGCUUCCUGCCCCAGAUAUACACUCUCGAGCGAAAGCGAGUGCUCUUUAUCGCGACGUGAUGUGAGAACCGGUCCGGAUCAGAUGUCGCCUCGCGGUGCCGAUCUAGCCGGGAUGUGGCCGGCAUCGGAGCUGGUCCUCGCGACGAGGAAUUGGGACGAAUAAGUCGCGUCGUGGGAGGGAUCGAACCCAACCUCCUUUCUCACCCCCAAAAGCAGCCCCGAAAAACAACGACCUCGAUCCUCCGCGACGUUCUCUCUAGCGCCGCCAUCGUCGUCUCUCUCUCUCUCUCUGGUCGAUACAUCCCUCGCGAAUAGACGCUUCCGGGAACGGACCCUUAUGCAUAUGUAUGGCCGAUCGGAGUCAAGGUCGAACCGGCCAUCCCGAUAUUAUGGACGGAACAUCGUGGCACGGAAAUAGCACGCUCGAUAUCGUCUCGUGGUUGAAACGAGCGUAUGUUGCUGAUUGGCAGUGAUCGGAGCUAAGUGAUCUUCUGCCCUAGCCGUCUUGUCUGUUCUGGAAACUUGAAACGGAUAUAUAUAUAUGUAUAUAUCCCGGCGAUAACGUAUAUGGACAUUUGGAUAACGAUAUGUUCGUAGAAGAACAGAGCUGUCGGAAAUGGGAGAAUCCGUACGUGAAGGAACGCAAUCGAGGGACGGAAUGCUUAAUGGUAACCGACUACUCGAAACUGGAACGAAGUGUGAACAGAAGUAUGUGUGUGUGUGUUUCUAUAAGGAUGGAAAUAUCGGAGACAGAGGCGAAUUAAUGACUGCAAUUUGCGCAGACGGAUAUAGCUGCAAAACUCGAAAUUAGCCCUCCUGCAAUGUUCGAGCAAGUUUAACGAACUAGAAGAUUACUGUUCGGCCACAAAGACAUUUCUAAUCCCCGUUGGAUUCGAAAAACUGUAGAUUAAUGGUCCAAAUAGCAUGAAUAGAACUUGUUUCGAAUUUUGAAUAGCUGUGACCGAUAUAGUUUUGUGACCGUAUCGUCUGUGAAAGAUUAAAUUGCGGAUAUCUAAUAAAAUCGUCAACGAGACCAGCGGACCUGAAAACAAAAAAUACGAUAGAAGAAUUUGGAAAUUAUUCGAUAAAACCUUGAAUAAAAAUCGCGAGCAUCGCGAUGGGAAUAAUGGCGCAACUGUUGCUGCCAUAAAUUAGGUCAAUGUUUCGCGUUUCCCCUGUCGAAUCUGCCCGUGUGCGCUAACGGGACUUUAAAUUUUGACCAAACGAAAAACUAGGCAUGACGCAGUGUUUUUCCGGCGGCGGCGACGCGGCAAAAUGUAGCAAAAACGAAGGCGCGAAGGUGGAUCGCGCGAUAUCCAUUUUAAGAGAAGCUGUUUUCAUCACUUUGCGCGAAGAAGCGUUUAAUUGAGGAAGAGAACGCAACGCACAAACGUGCUCGUCAUCAUGUAGAAGUGGAAAUUCGCGAGAUGUCGAUCUACAGAAACGAGUUCCCCGUCGUCAACGUGUAGGAUUUUUCAGAGAGACAGUCGAAGGUGAAAGGGAGCGAAUCGACAGGGCAGGGUGGUCUUUCCCGUCCGUGGUGGCAGUGACGUCGUGAUCGGCAGGGUCCAAGGGCCCAUGGCCGGGAAUUGUUUUCGCCAGUUCCGGUGGUGGCUCCCGAUCGCGAUCCUAUCCGGGUGCUUUCCCCCUUCAUCGGCCGACGCCGCUCGUAUUUCGUGCACGUCCACCUAUUCCACAGAGGUGGCUCGCGGCGGCGACGUGGUGGUCCUCCUGGGCGAGAGAUGCGACCGGGAGAUCAACGUCACCGAGAUACAGGAUCACUUAGCCGCGCCGGACGUGGUCGGCGAGCUCUCGAUCAGCGUGAUGCCGAGAUCCCUGACGUGCGAGACGGAAACUGGGGGCCUUGGUGCACUGAUCCACGCUAUUGGUGAGAGCAACACGAAGGCGGUAAUAGCCGCGCUCGACAGCUCGAUCUGCGAAGUGGCCGCUAAACUCGCGCAUCUCGGGAAUAAACCGUUGCUCACGUGGACCUGUCCGUUGAGAGAUUUAAAGGAGAAGAAUCUAUCGUCAAUCAUUAGGCUUUCUCCGUCAUUACCGUCAAUGGCUAAUGCCGUGGCGGAAAUAUUUCGGCACUUGCAGUGGAAGACAGCGAUCAUUAUUGGCAUAGAUCGCGAGCCGUGGUCCAGUCUGGACCGCGCUGUAAUUAACGCAUUUCGAAGGAUCGGCGUGAUCCUGCGGUAUCACUUAAUUCUACCCCAUCGUGCCACCCUCGAGCAGAUCCGCAAGAUACUCAGGUCCAUGCACAGCGUCUCCCGACGAGCUACGGUACUUUGCCUGCCGCUGCUCGACGAGAUGACAAGCCGCGUUCUGAUCGAGCUUAACGUCGCGUGGCAAACCCACAUCCAGAACUCCGUGAUCCUGAUGAUCCACACGGAGGAUAUCGACCUCUUUCUUCCGAGAGACGAGAGCCCGCCGUCCGCUUCGCUCCCCAUCGAUCCGACGACCUUGGCCCAGUCCGCGAUUACUCAGUCUUCCAAUUUUUCUACCUCGAAUGUAACUCGCGCCGGCCCGAACGCGACUGUGGAGAACGACGAGAGAAGAAUGCGGAGGCUACAGGAAGCCCCGAGGAGGUUCUUCCCUCCGACGAAUUUCAGCAGCAACACGAUGGAGAAUCUACUCGCGGUCGCACCGCUCGAUCAGAGGUACGACGUGAAGAAGGUCUUCAACGGUACGCAGGAUUACGCGGCCCCGUCGUUGCUCGAUCGAUUGAACGAAUCGCUGAUCGUGUUGACGCGCGACAACAGCAGCCUCGACGCCCACAACAGCAAAAUGUACACAUACGCCCUGCUGGACUGGCGUAUCGACGCCGGCUGGCAGCCGAUUCUCGCGGUGGUCGACGGUCAGCGGCCACCGGUCCAACAGCUGACGCCGAUGACGUUUCUCAACAUCAUCGAGGCGCCAGACUUGCUGUCCUGCGAUGACGACGCCGAUUGCCCGGAUGGCUUGGCCGACAUGUCUUUCCGUACCACACAUAUCGUAGCUAUUAUUCUGGGGUCGCUGCUGUUCACCUUUGUCGCCAUCGCCGUCGGGAUUAUAGUUCGGAAACGGUUGCUUAAGAAAAGAAUGUCCAAGGGCCCAUAUAAAAUCAUCCUAACGACGUCGGACUUUGUUUUUCCUCAAGUGCCUCCAGUAGAUUCGAGAACGGUAGACGAGGGCAUCGAAGCGAUGCUGUGCUGCUGGCUGCAGCAGCUGCAGGAAUUCGGUGGACCGGAGGUCGAAAAGCCGGAUCUGCUCCAGCUAGGCAGCGUCAAUUCCCUGAGACCUUACUUGCAGGCCGGCGGCGGAAAUAUACCGCGUCACACCUUCUUCAAAGAUCCACGUGCUAGGUAUAACGGUGACUUGGUUCAAUUGAAGGAGCUACCCUUUCAAGGUACGUUCGAACUGAAGGGCAAGGCCAUGGACGUGCUGGUCACGAUCCACGGGCUGCGACACGAGAAUCUCAAUCCCCUGAUUGGAUGCCUUAACGAACCUACGAGGCCCUGCCUAGUGUCGGAGUACUGCUCUAGGGGCUCCCUGGAGGACGUACUCGUUCAGGAUGAGAUUAAACUCGACUGGUCCUUUAGAUUAUCCUUGCUCACCGAUCUUGUGCGGGGUAUGAGAUACAUUCAUGGCACACCGAUACGCGUUCACGGCUAUCUCACGUCGCGAAAUUGCGUGAUCGACGCAAGAUGGGUCUUAAAAGUCACCGAUUACGGUCUACCUGCUUUUUACGAGGCGCAGAAUAUAGUGCCGCCGGUAAAAACGGCUAGAGAUCUAUUAUGGACCGCGCCGGAACUACUUAGAUAUCCGAAUCUGCGGAAAAAGGGCACCCAGACCGGGGAUGUUUACAGUUUCGGAAUUAUCAUGCAGGAAGUCGUUGUUCGCGGUGAACCAUUUUGUAUGCUCGCCCUGUCUCCGGAAGAUAUAAUUGAGAAAGUAAUGAAGCCACCACCCCUCAUCAGACCGUCGGUCAGCAAGGGUGCUGCGCCACCGGAAGCUAUAAACAUCAUGCGCCAGUGCUGGGCGGAAACUGCCGAAAUGAGGCCCGACUUUGACGACGUGCACGACCUCUUCAAGAAGCUGAAUCACGGGAGAAAGGUAAACUUUGUGGACACAAUGUUCCAAAUGCUUGAGAAGUACUCAAACAAUCUGGAGGAACUCAUUCGCGAGCGUACGGAACAGCUUGAUAUGGAGAAGAAGAAAACCGAGCAAUUGUUGAAUAGAAUGUUACCUAGCACUGUCGCCGAGAAGCUGAAGCUUGGCAUGCCCGUCGACCCCGAAGAGUUUAGCGAGGUCACCAUUUAUUUCUCAGAUAUUGUCGGUUUCACAACGAUAUCCGCAUGUUCAACGCCUUUUCAGGUGGUUGAUCUUCUCAACGAUCUCUACACCUGCUUCGACGACACGAUUAACGCGUACACGGUCUACAAGGUGGAAACUAUCGGAGACGCCUACAUGGUCGUAGGCGGUUGUCCUGUGAGAAUACCCGAUCAUGCAACCCAAGUAGCUACCAUGGCGCUUGACCUGUUACAUCAAAGUGGGAAAUUCAAGUUGAAACAUCUUCCGGACACGGCACUCAGGCUACGCAUCGGCCUUCAUACGGGCCCGUGCUGUGCCGGCGUGGUAGGUUUAACGAUGCCGCGUUACUGCUUGUUCGGCGACACGGUGAACACCGCCUCGAGGAUGGAGUCGACCGGUGCGCCGUGGCGUAUCCAUCUGAGCCAGGCGACGAUGGAUCGAUUGACGCAGGUCGGCGGAUACCACAUCGAAUACCGCGGACCCACCGACGUCAAGGGCAAAGGCAAGAUGCCGACCUACUGGCUGCUCGGCAAGCAGGGCUUCGACAAGGAACUACCGAAACCGCCGCCCCUCGGGGAGAACCAUGGACUGGACGAAAGUCUACUCGGGGAUCUCUCUCAGAGCGGAGUGUCAUGCGAGUCGCCGGGUUCUCCACUACCGGUGAUACCAUCGCAGGACGAAACGCAGGAGGAGUCGAUCGAGCCCGCGGAAGUGGUCCAGCUCGAUCAUCAGGACUCCUUGGACAGCAACGGAGUUGCCAAUGGCAGCGUCAGCAGAACCACCUCCUUCGAGGAGGCCACCGGCGUGAGGAAGGUCGCCGUGUCCGUGCACAACGAGCGCACAUUGCUGCCGAGCUACUCCCUCAGGACCAGCAACGACUUCAUCGAGGUGCUGCAGGGCAAACAGGAUACGGCGAAGACGACCGAGGCCGUUCACAGCGGGGUCGUGAGCAAGAGCACGUCCGGCGACACUCAGGCCUCCCUCGGAGUGUCCUCCACGGUUUCGGGCCCCGAGCCGGCGUCGACCGCGGCGACUCUCGGCGCGUCCACCAGCUCGCUCACGUCAAUCGCCGGCCCGGUGAGCUAUCGACAACCGCCGCCGAGGCAUCGCCGCUUCGGCUGCAUCGAGGAGAACGAUCUCAGCACGCCGUACAAUCAUUACAGGUGUCUGUCGCCUAACGAACAUCACGGGAAAAGCCUCGCCUGCCGAAUGCUCCGGAGGCAAUUCAGCCUGGACCGCCCGGAGGAAUCGGUGUCAAUAAUCUCGGAACAAUCGCAAGCACCGAGAUCGACUCCUCGUCUCUAUAAACAAAAUAGCGCGGGCGCGGCCAACGACUUGGAGCGAAUCGAGGAAGUGCCACCGGCAACUCCCAAACCCGCCCUUCAGAAUUACCGUCACGCCGCUUCUGUUUCCCUCUCCGUCGAAUCUCUGACGUUGCGCUGAGAAUCACCGAAUUUAAUACCGGGACAAAAAUACUCCGCAUUUAUUACGAGCACAAAAUCGAACACGGCGCACGCGUGUCGCGUUUGGAGCAGCGAAUGAUUCAGCAGCAAAAACGCGUAUGCAUUAAUUAAGAAAGAUGGUCGUAAUUAACGAAACGCGUCUAUGAGCCUUUAUUAACCGAUCACGUCAACGUAAAUUAACUUUUAUCCUAACUCAACACUUUCGUCUGUUCUUAAGACACUUUCUUCAGAAUUGCAAUUCUAGUUUUUGUUAUAAUCAUGGAUUUAUUUCUAGAAAAAAACGCAGUAUUGUGUAAGCCAAGAUUGAAAGUUAAUCCAUCGUUGAUGAAACUGAUUCCUACAUUCAGAAAAAAUCGGCUCGAAAAUCCGAUUGCAAUAAACGUAAAAAUCGGUAGCUUUAAAAACGCGUAAACGUAAUAAUUACACGCGAAUAAUUGCUGAUAUCGUGACUCGUUGCUGCUCCGUUUAUAUUCUUAUCUGAAUGUACAUUAUAUUGAUGUUUGAUAAUACCCGCGGGCAGGGAAAUGUAAUCCGUGAUUAGAGAUUCAAUGGUUCUAGGCGUGUUGUAAAUCGUUUAUAAAUAAUCGUUGGGGCAAAAGUUUACAUAGGGCGAUAUCCGCUCUUCGAAUUCCCUCCAAUGUGUCUGUACCUGUCAAUAUUUAAACAUCUCACGAGCAAAUCACUUUUAAUGAAUGAUUAUCAUUUCAUAUAACAUUAUCUACGAUUUCCUUGUUAAAAUUAUCAGUAUUCGAAAGAAAAAGAGA